CAAGGCGCUGUUUUCAUUUCCUCAUGGGAGGAAGCACAGCAGAGAAGAAAGGCAGACAACAAGACAUUCAACCUCUGCCACCAUGGGGAACUGGGCUGUGAAUGAGGGACUCUCUAUCUUUGUUACUCUGGUAUGGCUGGGGUUGAACGUCUUCCUCUUUGUCUGGUUCUACCUGGUUUAUGAUGUUCCACCUAAAUUCUUUUACACUCGGAAACUUCUUGGGUCAGCACUGGCGUUGGCCAGGGCCCCUGCAGCCUGCCUGAAUUUCAACUGCAUGCUGAUCCUGCUGCCUGUCUGUCGAAAUCUGCUCUCCUUCCUCAGGGGUUCCAGUGCGUGCUGCUCAACAAGAAUUCGAAGACAACUGGACAGGAACCUCACCUUUCAUAAAAUGGUGGCAUGGAUGAUUGCACUGCACACUGCGAUUCACACCAUUGCACAUCUAUUUAAUGUGGAGUGGUGUGUGAAUGCCCGAGUCAACAAUUCUGAUCCUUACUCAAUAGCACUCUCUGACAUUGGAGAUAAGCCUGGUGAAACUUACCUCAAUUUUGCUCGAGAGAGAAUCAAGAAUCCUGAAGGAGGCCUGUACGUGGCUGUGACUCGUUUGGCAGGCAUCACUGGAAUUGUCAUCACUCUGUGCCUCAUAUUAAUUAUUACCUCCUCCACCAAAACCAUCCGCAGGUCUUACUUUGAAGUGUUUUGGUAUACACACCAUCUUUUUGUGAUCUUCUUUAUUGGUCUCGCCAUCCAUGGAGCUGAGCGAAUUGUACGUGGGCAAACUCCAGAGAGUUUGAAGGAGCACAAUCCAGAAAUAUGUUAUAAAAACAUCUCAGAUUGGGGAAAAAUAGAGAAUUGCCCAGUCCCGCAGUUCUAUGGGAACCCUCCUAUGACUUGGAAAUGGAUAGUGGGUCCCAUGUUCCUUUAUCUCUGUGAGAGGUUGGUACGAUUUUGGCGGUCUCAACAGAAAGUGGUCAUCACCAAGGUGGUCACUCACCCUUUCAAAACCAUCGAGCUACAGAUGAAGAAGAAGGGAUUCAAGAUGGAGGUGGGACAAUACAUUUUUGUCAAGUGCCCCAAGGUGUCCAAGCUGGAGUGGCACCCUUUCACAUUGACCUCCGCCCCUGAGGAAGACUUCUUUAGCAUCCAUAUCCGCAUUGUGGGGGACUGGACAGAGGGACUCUUCAAAGCUUGUGGCUGUGAUAAGCAAGAGUUUCAAGAUGCCUGGAAAUUACCCAAGAUAGCGGUUGAUGGGCCCUUUGGCACAGCCAGUGAAGAUGUGUUCAGCUACGAGGUGGUGAUGUUAGUGGGAGCAGGGAUUGGGGUCACACCCUUCGCAUCCAUUCUCAAGUCAGUCUGGUACAGAUACUGCAAUAACGCCACCAAUCUGAGGCUCAAAAAGAUCUACUUCUACUGGCUGUGCCGGGACACACAUGCCUUUGAGUGGUUUGCAGACUUGCUGCAGCUGCUCGAGACCCAGAUGCAGGAGAAGAACAAUGCCGACUUCCUCAGCUAUAAUAUCUACCUCACCGGCUGGGAUGAGUCUCAGGCUAAUCACUUUGCUGUGCACCAUGACGAGGAGAAAGACGUAAUCACAGGCCUGAAACAAAAGACUUUGUAUGGACGGCCCAACUGGGAUAAUGAGUUCAAGACAAUUGCGAGUCAACACCCAAAUACCAGAAUAGGAGUUUUCCUCUGCGGACCUGAAGCCUUGGCUGAAACCCUCAGUAAACAAAGCAUCUCCAACUCUGAGUCUGGCCCCCGGGGAGUGCAUUUCAUUUUCAAUAAGGAAAACUUCUAAUCAGUCUCUUCCAUGAGGAAAUAAAUGUGGGUUAUGCUGCCAAAUGUCCAAAUAAUGCUAGUUGAUAAUGUAAGUCCCCCCCCACUUUAAAAAAUGGAGAAAAAGAAACUAUAUUAUGAAGAUUUUGCCUGAAAGGAAUGUCAAAGAUUGUUGGAUAGUGAUAAUUUGCAUUUGUAUAGGGCUUUAUGGUUUUCUGAGCACUUUUACAAACAUUAUUUCAUUUUUCCUCAAGGUCAUACCAGAGAAAGAUAGGGUAAGGAUUCCUGGGCUCAGUUUUUAGGAUAAGACAAAAACAGGGAUUCAAAAUGGUGAAAUAACUUCCUGAAAGUUAUGAAGCUGAGACACACCUAGGCCAUCUGAUUCCAGGUUUGGUAACCUUUUCAUAAUACCAGGCUGCCUGGAAUAUAGGUUUGUAUAGUCCCCCAAAGAAAAUGCAAACCGAGGAGUAACUAUUCAUUUUCCAUUUUGUGUCAUCUUUAUUCUCAUUAUUGUCAUCUUGAAGGACAUUUUCCAAAUAGAUAAGAGGUGAUAUGUGCUAAGGGUGGUUUGACACUUAAUGGUGAUAGGAUUGACAUUGGAGCAUACUCCAGGUUUCCAAUACAGCCAACUAACUGUGCCAGAGAUUCUUCUAACAAAAGAAUAUUAAACUUGAAUUAAUGUAUUACCCAGCAUUUAUAAUCAUGCUUGGCAAAGAGUAGAUAUUCAAUGAAUGUUUGUUGAGUGAAUGAAAAAACAUUUAGAACAUACAAUGCCAGGGUAGAAUUAAUUUAAAGUCUUAAACAGAAUUAUCUAAGGAAAUAACUUCUGUUAUUCUUAUAGGCCAGCGGUUCUCAACCUUCCUAAUGCCUCGACCCCUUAAUACAGUUCCUCAUGUUGUGGUGACCCCCAACCAU